AUGGCUUCAUCUACAUCAGAUUCGGGUGUGAUGAGUGAAAAAAUUGAUGAGAAGAAGAGUGCUGAGGCUUCAUCUACAUCAGAUUCGGGUGUGAUGAGUGAAAAAAUUGAUGAGAAGAGUGCUGAGGCUUCAUCUAAAUCAGGUUGUGAUUUGAGGAUUGUGAUGAUUGGAAAAACUGGUGUGGGAAAGAGUGCUGUUGGAAACACCAUCCUGGGAAAAAAAUAUUUCAAGUCUCUUCCCAGUUCAGAGUCGGUGACUGAAACCUGUAAAGCAGGUGAAACAGAUGGGGCCGUGAGAAAAAUUUCUAUUACAGACACACCAGGGAUCAUUGAUACUAAGCUAUCUGAAGAGAUGAUCAAAAAGGAAAUUAUAAAAUGUGUUGAAGUCUCCAGUCCAGGUCCUCAUGUUUUUCUACUGGUGCUCCAAGUCGGUCGAUUCACCACAGAGGAGAAAAACUCUGUGGAAGCCCUGCAGGAGCUGUUUGGUCCAAAAGCUCAGCAUUACAUGAUUGUGCUGUUCACCCAUGGAGAUGAUCUUGAAGACCAGGAAAUCACCAUACAGCAGUAUGUACAUGAAGCCAAAUCAGGCCUCAGACAAGUCAUCCAAAGCUGUGGAAACAGGUUCCACGUCUUCAACAACAGAAGCAAAGACAGAAAGCAGGUGGAGGAGCUGAUGAAGAAGAUUGAUGACAUGGUGGCAGGAAACGCCGACACAUACUACACAAAUGAAAUGUAUAGAGAGGUGGAAGAAAGGAAACAGAAACAGAAACAGAAACAAGCUGAGAUGGAGGACGAAGAAUACAAGUUCCUGGGUCGACUGAUAGAGCAGAUUCUGCGUUUUUAUUUUCGCUUAAAAAAGAAUAAAAACAUAUUAGAUGAUGUAAACCUGUAG